CAGUGGUUUCUUUUUCGAAAGCUUAUCACACAUAAUAAUGUCAUUAAUAAAGAGUAUUUAUUGUGUUUUGCACUGAUAAUGAAGGGUAUUAUUCUCAUUUUCAGUUUUUUAACAACACUGCUUAACAAUUCACUGGCAUUAGAAUGUUAUUCAUGUGGGUGGGAUGCUGGAAAUGUGGAUGAAAAUUGUGUUAAAGAACCUUCAUUAGUUAAUAAUGGUGUUUUGGUUUGCGACAAACGAUAUUGUUAUUCUAUACGAGUAGAACAAGCGGGCAAAGUUACGUCAAUGUACAGGAGUUGCGCCGACAAACCCCAAUACAUAAAUAAACUUAUCAAAUAUGACGACUUCAAAAUAUACCACAUGGCCUGUACCACUACUUUGUGUAAUUCAGGAUCCGGUAAGGAAAUUUACGGCUCUGGUUCAGGCUCUUCAGGUAUCCUAUAUGUACCCGGAUAUGGAUAUGGGGGAAGUACCGCUCUAAAAUCUAAAUAUACGCAUCUGAUUUUAUUGGUUGUUGUAGUUGUGUAUAGAUUUAUGUAAUUUGCUGAUAAAUAUUUGUAGUUUAAA